AUGCUAUUUGGUAACUUAUUUCACAAGGGUAAUCAUCAGCAAGCUCCUGGUUUGCUGGAAAACAAAAAUGACUCCAAAGAUGAUUCCAAACCUUUUAUUGAUUUAUCUGUUGAUUUAACACCAGAAGAAAUCGCACGACGUGAGCAUUGGUGGUUCAAGCUCAGAAUUUUCUUGUGGGAUUCAGCUGAUAAGCAUCCAUCUGAAAGAUGGUUUUUGUUCAAGUUGGAUUUCUUUUUACUUAGUUCUGCUAUGUUGGGUUAUUUUAUCAAAACUUUGAAUCAAAACAAUAUUGCAACCGCUUAUGUUAAUGGUAUGAGUGAGCAUUAUAACAUGGCAAAUAUCAGCUAUAUUAUUGGACAAAUUCCUUCCAAUUUAAUUUUACACAGAAUCUCAGCAAGAUAUUAUUUAGGUGGUUUAGAAUUUAUUUGGGCUCUUUUAACUGUUGUUCAAGCUACUGCUGAUAGCCUAACCCAAAUGUAUGUCAUCCGUUUUUUCAUAGGUUUAACUGAAGCUGGGUUCUUUCCAGGUAUGGAAUAUCUUAUUGGUUCCUGGUAUUCUCCAGCAGAAAUAAACAAAAGAGCAUCUCUAUUUGCAUGUGCUGGUAUUGCAGCAUCAAUGGUGUCAGGUCCUUUGCAACAAGCUGUUUUGACUGGUGUAGCAAAAACUCAUAAAAAAUAUAAGGCCUUUCAAUGGUUGUUCAUUGUGGAUUCUAUCAUUUCAUUUCCAAUUGCAUUCUAUACGAUGGCAGUUGAUCCAAAUACUCCAUCUACUACAACAGCUCCCUAUUUUACUAAACAGGACAAAUUGAUCGCUAAGGAAAGAAGGAGAAGAAUCAGUGCUCAAUUAAACACCAGACAAAAGUACACUUUAAAAAAAAUUAAAACAUUUUUCAACACAUGGCAUAUCUGGGUUUUCCCAGUUCUUUUCUUGGCCUAUAAUAACACUUGUACUGCUAUAAACCAACCAACAUUUACUACUUGGAUGAAAUACGAUCUUGGAUUAUCUCCAGCUAAAUAUAACAUUUAUCCAACUGCUUUAUUUGGUGCUGGUAUCGGUUUUACAAUUGUGAUUUCUUAUAUCACAGAUUAUACCAAAAACAGAUUAAACGUAUUUUUUGUUCAAGCUUACUUUAUUUGUGUUUUAAUCGGUUCUGCUUUGCUUGCACAUUGGAACAUUCCAGUUGGGUUACACUGGUUUUGUUAUUUCUUAAUUGGUGUUCCCACUGCUUGGGGCCAACCUCAAAUUUUUUCUUGGGUUAAUAAAUUAUUGAGAUAUGAUGAUAUGAAAAGAAAUUUCAUCGUCGUUUGCACAAACACAUUAGCUUACGUUACUGGUGCUUGGGUGCCCAAUCUUGUUUGGAACACAAAUUAUCAGCCUGAAUAUUUUGUUGGUUUCUCUUACAACGCUACUCUCUGUGGUUUAGGUAUUAUUUUCACUGUUUUAGCUACUUAUUAUACCAAUAGAGAUGCCAAAAAUGGUAGAUAUUAUUUGGAUGAAAAAAAAGAGGAAGAAGUUACCAGCAGCGGUUCAUCAAAUGUUUAG